GGGUCCGCACGUCACGGUUGGGUAUUUUCUCUGGUGACUAGUUCGCAUCAAUAGAUCUUCUAAUGUACACCCAGUCGGCCAGCAGCUUCGUGACUGAUGGGACUUCACCUUGCUGAUUUCUUUUAUUAUUAUUAUUACCACGGCAUGAGGAGAAUGAGGAAACGGACUAUGCAGUAUGAGGAAUGUCACAUGUGACUGUCGAUAUGGGACAGGGGACUAUUCAAAUGUCAGAUGACCCUUCCCUGCAAUUCACAUACAUGUUACUAUCACUACAGUUACAUAACAGAUAUCAUCCUUGAAAAUUGAUCACAAAGGAAGUGGCAUUGUAUUCAUGGAGUCACUUGAAACUACUGCAGGGGUGAAAAGCUCCUCUGAGGGUCAGGAUAGAAAUGCUGCACAGAAAAAAGGCACAUCAGAGGCUGCACAGACAAAGAGAAGAGCAUCAGUCGAAGUGGAAGCCAAAGGGUGGCACUGCCAGCAAAAAGAAGCUCAGAGCAGAGAUACGUGCGGUUUUAAAGAAAUGUCUGACUCAGGGAAAUCUCUGCAUUUAGAAGAUCAGCUCUCCCAAGCCCAGUCCACAAGCCAUCAAGACUCUGAGGUGUCUGCAUUUCCCCAACAAUCCACCAAGCCAUUUACUGUUGGUAGACAGAAAGUUUCAGCACAGUCACCAGGGCCCACGUCUCAAAGGAAGUCUUCUGCUUCACCUGAAGUCCAGCAACAGUGUUCCCAUUCAGGGAUGGAUCAGCUGUCAGAGGCAGCAUCUAAGGUGGAGCAGAAACCACAAAAACCAGGGAAAUAUGUGUGUGAUUACUGUGGAAGGGCAUGUGCCAAACCCAGUGUGCUUAAGAAACAUAUCCGCUCACACACCGGAGAACGGCCCUAUCCAUGCGUCCCCUGUGGAUUCUCUUUCAAAACCAAGAGUAACCUUUACAAACACAGAAAAUCCCAUGCACACUCAGUCAAAGCUGGAACCGUGCCAUUCUCAGAACUUGGUUCUUACAAUGCCAACACAGACCAGGGGUCUUUUGAAGGGGAAGGAGAGUUGUUCUCCGAUGCUGAGCAAAGCACGGACACGGACGAGGACACUCUUAAUGACCCGCUGCUGCUGCUGGACUCGCCAAUGGAGGGAUCAGAUAACACUGCUGUAAAAGUACUAAAUCUCAUAGCUCAGAAAAAGGGAGCCACGUCAAUGUCAGUUCAGGAUGGUUCAUCCCAACCCCAAGAAAUCAAUGCACCUCCUGUCACGGCCGAGGCUAGUCGCGCAGUUCAGUCUUGCACAAUCAAGCAGAGGCUUGCACUUCGACUUUCUGAAAAAAGAAGCAGUGAUUCUGAUCACAAUCUGUCUCUCCCAAGUCAGUCCAGCAAGGGCAGCACAGACUCAGGCUACUUCUCACGCUCUGAGAGUUCAGAGCACCAGACAGGUCCUCCAAACACUAAUGCAAAGUCCUAUCAAGAGAUCAUGUUUGGAAAGUGUUAUCGGCCGAGCCCUAAACAGGCAUUGGCUUUCGUGGCUUGUAGCGCAGACACAAGUGAAUAUAAUGUGAAAGGCUCAGAGAAAGGCGUGUCCCGUGUUUUCACCCAAGAAAAAGACACAGUCGAGUCAAUCAAAAUCAACACUAAAUCAUUCACAAGGGAGGAGAUAAAAGAGCCGGACUUAGACACCGGCUCUGACAUGGGGCCUCUGAUCAGAAGCAACUCAAUGCCAACGUCCUCAGCAGUGUGUCUGACUAUGCCUCAAGCCCUCAGAGGCAGCCACUCGUUUGAUGAGAGAACAAGCACCGGGGGCAUGAGGAGACUCAGGCGGCAAGCUGCUUUCGAGUUAUCUGCACAUGAUGGCCACACAGACACUGACAACCAUGGAAAGAUGAGCGAGAGUGGCAUUUCACCUUCAGGACUGGAAAUGGAAAACUACCCCUCUGUGGUGCAGAGUAUGAGCCAUCAGAAGCAUGCAAUGGAACUGGCAACACGGAAACGUCGCAAAGAGAAGAGGGAAGAGGAGGAUAUACCAGGUCAAUAUGAGGAAUAUCAUGAGCAGUGUGAGGAAAUGUUUGAUUCAAGCAAAGACUAUGAUUUAAAACAAGCUGCUAUGGGCAUAAUGGCUUUAGGGAGAGGUCAUUUGGACAGGUGUGACAUGGACAUAUCAGUGAGCUCUGAAACAUCAGGUCGAAAAACCUUAGGGAAUGUAAUUUCUGUUAUCCAGCACACAAACUCAAUAAACAGGCCUCUCUCUGAACAGUCAGAAUCUUACAAAUAUCACGGUCAUAGAUUGGAAAUUAUGUCUUCUUUUCAAGCAAUGGAGACAAGUGAAUCUCUCGAGAUGGAACGUGACAGUAGGUUAGGGCAGUCGGUUCAGUUUGGGCCAAAACUUGUGCGACAGCCCAACAUACAAGUCCCAGAAAUCAGGGUCACAGUUGAGCCCGACAGUCCAGAAAAAGCUCCAGAAGCGCAGGUGAAGGAGCCAGAGAAGCACGUGGAGGAGUUUCAGUGGCCUCAAAGGAGCGAAACUUUAGCACAAUUCCCUCCAGAGAAGCUCCCUCCAAAGAAAAAAAGGCUUCGCUUAGCUGAAAUUGAGCACUCCUCUGGUGAAUCUAGUUUUGAGUCUGCCUGCACUAGCCUCUCCCGCAGCCCGAGCCAAGACAGCAACUUAUCUUAUAGCUCCACUUUUUCUUUUGACAGGGAAGAAAGCUUGAAGUCAGUCUCUCCAGCCAGGCAAGAUGAAUUUGGCAAACCACUAGAGCUCUUAGCUGUGCCGGGGAGUGGGCACUCCCUCUCUGUGCUCAACCAGCGUCAGCAGCAUGAAAUGAGACGCUCCGCCUCAGAGCAGGCGCCUUGCGACUUGCGCAAGGAGUUCCCAGAGGUACGCAGCAUAUCAUUUGACUAUGGCAGCCUUUCUCCAACAUCCAAAGUUAGACAUGUGGACAUCAGUGCUUUGAAGGAGAGAAGGAGGGGAAACUUAGUGCGACAGGAGUCACUGAAUAUGGACACUGAAAUAACACAAGUCCCAUCACAAGUGUUUCUACAGUACCUCAGCAGUACCUCCCCUCCAUUCACGGCAGCCACGUCUCUGCCGCAGACUUUGCCAAUAUUUUCUACCGGGAGUACAUUUCCUCAGCUGCCUCAUCCAAGCCUGUUAGUACCUGUUAGAAUCCAGACUCAAGUGCCAUCCUUUGGCAGUAUCACAUACACAUCAGUAUCACAGAUAUUUGACAAUCAGUAUGACAGCAUUAGCGCUGCUGCAUCCAUCAUUCAGAGUCAAACUUCACGGUUGUCUGGAAAUGUUGAUUCUCAAAAUGUACUAACUCACACAAAACCGCCUACAGCUCACACACUCAAUGUUGAAGCCCUCGAUUUGUCAUCAGCUAAGCUCAAGACAGGCAUUCCUCUGUCUCUGACCUCCAGAACGAUCUCAACUACUAACGCCUCCAGUGGUGGUGCAAACAAACGGAUGCUGUCCCCUGCCAGCAGCCUGGACCUAUUCAUGGAGGUCAAGCAGCAAAAGCGAGUGAAGGAAGAGCGGAUGUUUGGGCAGAUUGUUGAGGAGCUGAGCGCGGUGGAGUUGGGGAAAUGCCAUUUGAGGGAAGAGAAGGGGCGCAGAUCAGAAAUGCAAGGUGCAUCAACACCUCAUGGUCAGGGUGACUCAUGCAAGGCUGGAUUUAUCACAGUUCAUCAAAAAGCGUCCGAGGUUGCUGAACACGGAGUCGAGACAGCUAUGGAUAGCAGUUCCCUGGAAACAAGCUCGCCUCCUUACUCUAUGAUAUCAGUCGGAGAAGUGAAAGAAGGAGUGCAGAUGGAUAUGGCGGCACAGCUGGUCACCAGUCAAGAUGUUCUGAUCUCAGACUCGGAGCAUUCGAGAAUCUUAUCUCAGUUUCCAAGUCUUCGCACAACGACAGGUGUGAGCUGGUGUUAUCUCAACUACACCAAGCCGAGCUGCUCUCAGAGCAACGCCCCUUUCGCCUCUGUGUACGCCACAUGGUGUGUGAGUUCCCACAAUCCCAACCCUCUCGAACUGAGCACCAGCGCCUCGCUGGCUCUGCUGCGGUCCAGACAGAGGGGAGACAAGGUUAUAUACACCGUGGCCGCCAUGUGUCAGGCUGGCACGGGGAAACUGGUUUCAUCCCUCAUCCUCUGGAGGCAGACCAAACAGCUGCAGAGGAAACCGGAGCCCAAAGAGGUGGACAUCACCUAUGGGAAGAAGGUGAAAGACAUCAGCUGCAGAGCCAAAACUGCCAAGGAGGAGUGGAGAGAGAGGGAGGCCUCCACUGCUCAGGCGGUGCCAACACGAAUUAAGAUUUUCGAGGGAGGGUAUAAGUCUAAUGAAGACUAUGUGUAUGUGAGAGGUCGAGGCCGGGGGAAAUAUAUUUGUGAGGAGUGUGGUAUCCGUUGUAAGAAGCCGAGCAUGCUGAAAAAACACAUCCGGACCCAUACGGAUGUACGACCGUACAUCUGCAGGGUUUGCAACUUUGCUUUCAAAACUAAAGGAAAUCUGACUAAACACAUGAAGUCAAAGGCGCACAUGAAGAAAUGUCUAGAGCUAGGAGUGUCAGUAACGAUGGAUGAGACAGAGAUACAGGAACAUGUGGACGAAAUCCAGCAGGAGUCCAAGCCAGAGGUGGCAGCAACCACCAAACAUCAGUUCUCAGAUGCUGAGGACUCGGAUGGUAUGGAUGAAGAAGCUGAUGAAAUCGACGAGGACGAUGAUGAGGAUGAUGACUAUGAGGGUGAUUCUACCCCAAAGUUGCGUUCAAGAAGCACGAGUCCUCAGCCAUGUGGAGUUACAUCUCUGUCAGUUACAGCCACAGCUGCCAUCCACGGCUACUCUCUCACCUCUCUGCCUGGAGCUGACAUCCGCCAGCAGUCCUCCAGCAAGCGAACAGGCUCGGAUCAUCGACCUGCUCUCACAGCUGACCAGAGAGAGAAGUCGGUGGAUGAAGACUCUCUAACCAUGCUUUCUCCAGACCAGACCAACCUUCUCUUUGAUCCUUACUCUUCAUGUCUGCUCUCUCCUGGCUGGGAGUCACCCAUCAGGGAGCCUUCCCCUUCACGUCUGCGCUAUCCAUCACCAAGGCGAGAGCUCUCCCCACGAGGUCGCUCCUCACCAAGAUGGGAUAACUCUCCACUAAGGCCCGGUUCUCCCAGUUUUAAAUCCAUCCAACACCCUUACCCGCUCUCGAUGGAACGACCCAUGUCUCCUGGAACAGAGCUCGCCGGGAAGCGAGAAUCCUCAGUGAGGGGCAGGCAGAGGGUUGUGUUGAGGGCCGUGUCACCACGCAGGGGCUCCCACCAACACAAAGGCACUGGUGACAAAAUCAGACAUCAAGUAAAAUUGGAGAUGGCUCAGCAGCAAGGAACCUUUGAAAUGGAAAUGGAUCAAAGGAGCAGCUUGGCUCCUGCUCUGCCUGGUGCUGCCAGUUCUCAUUACCAGAACAUCCUCAGCCACCUCCCUCUUCACUCCCAACAGCAGACCCACAGUUUGCUCCCUGUCGUUCCCGUCGGAGGGCUCCAGAUGUUUCACUCCCCACCCUUCCCCGGCACCGAUGUCAGCCCCUCCCCGGCGCAGAGCCCUCAGAGCAGCGAAGGCCAGCGCUGCUGCAGCAGGGAAGGAUCUGUCCAUGAGCCUGAGAUGGGUGGCGAGGACAUCAGAGGCUGUCAGGAGAAAAGCCCUGACAUCGGUGUUAGCGACAGCAGACAGGAGGAGAGCGUCCAGACCUGCUUGAAAGCCAUCGCCUCCCUGAAAAUUACCACAGAGGACCCUCAUUAAGACACCUUUUUGUGUCACUUUGGUUUUAUUAAGAAACAGAUGCCCCCUUUGCCACACUUGCAAUUGUCAUCAUCCCUUUAGGCACAUAAACUCAUAUUUAUCUCACUGGAGGCAAUAUGAUAACACAUGGCCUGGCAUUGCAGGAUCAAACCUUGUGAAGAAGAACCCCAACCCUGUCUGAUGUGCUCUACUCUUCAGAGGCUUUUUUUUAGUCAAAAGAACAAGCAGCAGGUGGUUUUGCAAGGUGAAGAAUCAUUAUUGGGUGCAGGUGCAAUAUGGAAAGAUAUUAUGCUAAUAUGCCUUUGUCUGACAUAGUAGUUUGCGUACAAUUGCACAUAAAUUAUAUUUAUGGAUCCUGUACAGAUGUCCUUAACAUAUAAUCCCUCUUAGAUGCAUACAAACAGUGUGUUUUACUGUGUGUACUUUGAAAAUCGACUGUUGUUAAUGUAAUCAUAUCAAGGUGUGAUGCAGUAGUGCAGUAACUAAAGACUAUUUAUAAGGGGAAAUGUAUGUGUAUUAUGAAACAGUCUGACCAAAUUUUAAGUAGAUGCUUCUUGUGCAGUUUGGUGCUUCUGAUCAAGCGGCAAGGGUCUGUGCCUUUUUUUUUUCUUUUGUUUUUUGUUGCUCUUCUUUAUCUCUAUCAGCGGAUGAGUACGGAAAACGUCAAGGUACACUUUAUUCAAAAGCGGCUGCGCUUUUCAGAGAGUUUGCUCAAAGGAAAGCUUUUUUUUCUUGUUCCGUCAGUUCACGCCGACAGACGGAUGCAGCUCGAUUUAUGUGAAACAAUCUUUAAAAAAAAAAGUUUCUUAUGUUGCAUUUUUCUUAAUGUUGUGGUUUUUAUCUUGGUAAAAAUGCAUGGGAUUUGCUAUUGCACAAAAAUAGAGGAAGUAAUUAUGUAAUUAUCAAUACUGUAAGAUGUAUUUAUAUAUUAGAACGUAAGCACUUAUUGAUACUGGUAAACAUUUGACUACUAUUUAUAUGGUAUAUCUGUACUUAUGCAGCAGUUAUGCAGUGAGCCACGCUGGCAUUGCUUUGAUUAAACCGACGUCUUUUUUCCCCUUGCCUAUACAGGUGACCAUAAGCAUUUUUUAAAAUGAGUUUUAAAGAUGCACUUUCAUUCUUUCAUCUAUAUUGUUUGAACUGACUUGGAUAUCGGAAAGUAGGGAGUAAAACAUGUUAUGUUGUUUUGUGGUUUUAAAACAUUCCAGUUGUGUUUUUUCACGUCUCUUUGUGUGAAAAAUGUUGCACACAAAUCCAAGGGGCUACGAUGAUCAGUCAACAGUAAAUUCUUGCAUUUUCACAUCUAACUGGAAAAAUCAAUCUCACUUACUGCAAGUUAUACUAAAGUAUCAGUGUUAACAUCAUGAGUUGGUUGAUUUUGACUGUGCUUCAGUUUAAAAUGUAAGUAACCAUUCACCAAAUGCAUUACUUCUUCUCUGUAUAUAUAUAUUUAUAAAUAUAUAUACAUAUAUAUAUACAUAUAUGUGUAUUUUUAUGAUUUCAACUAUUUUUGCAGUGUUGAAUUCUGAAAACUUUUUAUGUGGAUUAUUUGUAUAUCUUUCAGAGGUAAAACGGCUGCAGUUGAUGUUAAGGGCAGAGGUUUAAUGAGGGCAAAAAUAGCACAGUGUUAAUCACAAACAAAAUCUUUUAAGAAAAAAAAAAUGUAUUCACAUCUUCAAGUGGUUAUCAGUUUGAGAGUGGAUUUCAAAAAUGAAGAAAAUACUUUGUUCACUUAUGUUUACAUAAAGAAAAUUUAAAGGUGCACUGCUUUAAAUUUGUGUGUCCCUUUCCGAAGAGGUUUGAAGUUUUGAGUUCAUGGUCGUGUCGCUUUUAUUUGUGACGCUGCAGAAUGCUCGAAAAAUGUGAAAGGAAAGUGAAGCCUUUGAUUUGCAUUACAGUAUGCACUCAGAUUGUGUUUUCUUUCUUUCUUUUUUUAAAAUGUGUUUUCAUGUUCACCAAAUUGCAUUGUGCCUCUCAUGUCUGUGGAAAUUCCCUGUAAAACACACAGAGUACAAAUCAUUUUACCUCUAAGUAGCCAAUCUUGUUUGUUCAGCAAUUUGCAUCAAAACUGGUUAGUCAGGACGGAGUGCCUCUUUUCUGCUAUGAGGAAUUUAUUGUUUGGUGCUCUACUUUUUCAGAUUAAAUUCAAAACUGUUUUAAAAAGAAUAUACUUCUAACCCAA